AUUUCCCUUAUUAAGCUUUAUGCUUAUGCUUUGCUUAUAUCAAAUGCUGAUGAUUUACACGAUGGCAGCUUUUUAGGGAGAAAGCUUUGAUAGUAUUGUGUCACAAGCGUGCUGGAGCUCGAUCAACCAUCAAAAACGUCCAGAUGUAUAUCUGUUCUAUCUUCGUUAGCUACAUAGAUGCUGGAAAGCUUGCUAGGAUCUGAAUAUACCGUAAAUCCUCAAAAAAAGCCCCCACCCUCGAAUAAGCCUCCUUUGGCUGAGGUAUUGCCCUGACAGCGACAGCUUUAUCUCAAUAUACCUGCAAUUUUAAGCAUAAGGACCAGCCCCAAAAAGAGGAGGAACAUUUGCCCUGGUAAUACUUUUGGCUACUGCUAACAAGCCUCUACCCUGGGUACCAGACUCACUCUUUAUAAACAAGAGAAAGUUUGGUUCAGUGCGCCCCUCUUCACGUUCUGGUGUGCCGAUAUUAACCAAUCAGGAGCAAGUGUACAGAUUUCUGAACGUUCAAUAGUCUAGGCGAAAAAAUAAACGUAGCUCUGUUGUAAAACGCUGAACAGAUCACAACAUAUGUUAAUGCUGGCGACCGUAUCGAUUGAAUUUGAAGACGCUUUUAAAAUUGUAGUCAGUGAAUAUUUUCCGCACUUAACACAGAACAGCUUUGAAAGCAUGUUCACCGAUGCGAGGUCCGGGUGCACUUACCCUGGGUACCAGACUUACUAUAUAGAAUAAUGGUAUCAGACUCUCUAUCUUAUUUUAUAUAUAGUGAGUCUGAUACCCAGGGUAGGGCGCACUGAACCAGACUAUCUUAUUCUAUAUAAAAUGAGUCUGGUACCCAGGGUAAUAAGUGCCCCCGGGGGAGCUUAUUUGAGAACUAAAGACAUUUUAGAGCUAAAAUGAUAAGAAGGGGUCAAAGCAUUAGGCAUGCCCCUGGACAUUGACUGUGAAACAACCUGAAAGCAAAGGGGCUAAGUUGGGGGCUUUUCCUUUAGAACGCCGGAAAUUGCUCCCUUUCUAUCACCUUGCUUCCCUAAAUUCUUAUCUAUGAAUAGUUCGGUUCACAGAAGCUUACAAUCCGUCAAAUUUGAGCGACUGACCUGUUGUCGUAGUACCUUCGUGAGUACCUAAUUGUAAACCACCUCCCUAGAGCACAAUUCCCAGUGAUUGUACUUGUCUCACCCCAAUAAUUUAAGAACCAAUUAAGAACAAUUCAGCCCAAAAUUUUAAAAAAAUAAACAGCCAGCCUGAACUUCAAUUUACAGGUUCUUCUAAAAAAGAGUGUAUGCCUGUUUGGGAUACGAGCCAACAUACAUUUUCGAAUCAUGUACACAAACAUCACAAAUAUAACAAGACAAAUCAGAAAUUUAUCACUUGAAUAAAUAGUCUAACCUGCUAUUGUUAAAUUUGAGGGGUUUAGCCCCUGUUAGCCCGGUGCUGCCCCUGGCCCAGGCUCGUCUCUCGGUGGCCCUGCCUCGUAGUGACGUAACUAGGCUGGUUGUAUAAAGGGAGGCAGUGACCUGCAAAUGACAUUGUCUAAUACAAAUGCCUUUCUUUUCUUUACAAUGCUCAGCUCUCCAUACCUGCCGAGUCAUGUGCGUGACUAUCACUGACAAAAUAGUUGCAUGUCAUAGACCUCAUGGCUGUUUGUAAAUAAGAUCAGUCUUUUUCAAAGUUAUCGGCAUCCAGAGACUUUUCCUUCAAGAAAAUGGUUGGCAACGACGCAGAACGAACGCAAAGCAGAAGAAAAGUACUUUUUCAGUGCAUUCUGUGUGCCUCGGCAUUUCUGGUCCAGUUUACAGCGUUUGGAUUUUACCGUGUUUUCGCAUCUAUUUAUGUGUCGAUGCAAGAAAAGUUUACAGAAAGCAACGCGCUGAUAGCUUGGACUGGCUCGAUGUCAUUAUCAAUGAUGUUCUCAUUGACGCCGAUUACAUUCAAAGUAUUUAACCUCGUUGGUUAUAGAAUCUCAUUGCUUCUUGGAGGAACAUUAAUUGGCCUUUCUCUUAUAUUGACUUCUUUCGCAUCCAGUAUUUACGUAAUUUACUUGACACUUGGACUUAUGUUUGCGAUAGGACAAAGUUUGUGUUAUUUUGCUCCAUUGCUUAUUUUGCCCCUCUAUUUCAAAAAGAACUUAUCACUGGCCCACGGAAUAGUGCUGUGCGGAAGCAGCCUCGGAGGCCUCGCUCAGGCUCCAAGUCUCGGUUUCAUCUUGCAAAAGUAUGGAUUCAGCAAAGGAAUGCUCUUUUCUAGCGUGAUCUCAUUGGUUGCUAUAUCAGUAUCCGUGUUAUUUAAGAGGCCUGAGGAGAGUUUUAGGCCUAAUCCUUUGAAGUGCAGGAAGGAGAGAAGGAAAGAAAUAACGAUCAAGACUGAAAGAGAGGGAAUACCUCUCCUAAGAAACUAUGCUUACAUCAUGUAUACUAUUGCUUCUAUGCUGAUCAAUUUUGGGGUUUUUAUUCCCUUUGUGCACUUGGUGCGUCUAGCGAUGGAUGCAAGGAUUUCGUACUCAAUUGCGGUAUUUCUACCAGGAAUAAUCUCGUUUGGGGAAGCUUUUGGUAAGGUAGGCUUCGGCAAGCUUGCAUCUCUUCCAAAAGGCAACAAACUCUCUCUGUGCAAAUAUGCUGCAAUCAGCAUUGGGGUACUUACGACGCUGGUACCAAUACUAACCUCCUUUAUUGGCCUUGCUGCGUAUUCCUUUCUGUAUGGUGUUGCUGAUGGUGGUUUUUUGGCAUCUACUAUGCUUGUCGUCAGAGAUUUGAUAUCAGAGAAGCAAUUCCAUAGAGGAUACAGUGCAUACCUUAUAUGCAAUUGCUUGGCACUCCUUGCUGGUCCACCGUUUGUAGGAUAUUUGCAGACAGUUACAGGAACCUAUUCCCUCGCAUUUUUCUUUACUGGUGGCAUUGCUGCUUUGGGAGGUUUCUCCAUGUUUUCUGUGCAAUAUUUUCAUUCGAAAAACAAAAUGGCUGUUUAUCUAAACUCUUUGCGAAAAGGCUGUGGCACCCAGCAAAGCAAGAAGAUUUUCAGUUUCAUGGAGAAUCAUUCCAAACCAGAUCAUUCAAAGAAAGAGAAGAAGUUUUCAGUGGUUUCAAUAGGUUGUAAUUCUUAUAUUUCAUUGGUGAAGUUAAGUGAUACAGCAAGCUAUGUUGAUGAUUCUGUUACGCUGGAAAGAUGUGAAAGAAUUUUGACUCAGUCCUCAGUGUCUUCAGAUGAGUCAAAUAAUGAGCUAACUGGAGCAAAUGAUUUGAAACAUAUCCAUGUUGAAAAUAGUCAGAUUAUUGAAAGGCAUGAACACACAUUUAGCUAAAUCUGUAGCACUGGGAUAGUAACCGACUCGAGAAUUCUAUAACAGACAGAUGUAUUCAUCGUUAGCUCAUUUUGAAGUUAAAUUUUAUUAAAGGUUAUGGAGCCAUAGUUCGGGCAUUUCUUUUGCGAACGUCAGAGAGGCAAAAUAAUGCUACCUUUUUAAAAUAUUUUAUUGACAAAUGUAUACUGAUAGAAAUGUAUGUAUGAAACAAAAAGAGAGUGUAUGUAUGAAACAAAGAUAGAGAGAGAGAGAGAGAGGGAGAGAGAGAAAGAGAGAGAGAAAGAGAGAGAGAGGGGGGGAGAGAUCAGCAAACGAAGACACAGUUUACCUUUCAAUUCGCAACACCCGAACACACUUCUCACAUCAAUUCAAUUCAACUAUGACAUUUAUCGAGGAGUCACACCUUAUUGUUUUUACGGUGGUAAUGUAUGGGGCCCACAGAACAGCUACAAUACAAAAUUAAUUUGAAGUGUUGGGAUGGGAGGCAAAGAACCUUGGUUAUCUAGUUGUCUCUCACACUGCAACCCUAAAUUACACUGACAGUUACAUCCAACAAAAAAUAAUACAUUACGCAUAAAAUAAAUGAUUACUGGAUAUUAAAAAUGUGUUCAGGGCAAUUAAUGGUGAUAUCUUUAUCUAAACCGAUUUAUAUUUUCAUAUACCUGACAGUGAAUUCCAAAAUCAUUUUGUUGGCUAUUGAGUUGUACGUCUACUACCACAAAGUAUUCGCAUAGAUGAUCAUCAGAUGAUUUAGUUAUAUCAUUGCUUACAAUUUUCUAGAGUUCUUCAAGUAGGUUCUUCAAAGAAAAGUUCUUCUAAGAAAAGUUCUUCUAAGAAAAGUUCUUCUAAGAAAAGUUCUUUUAAGAAAAGUUCUUCUAAGAUGCAAAUGUGACCGGCAACGCAGAAGGAAAUGAGUGAUUGAUUCGACUUCCAUCUUUGCAUCUGCAUAUUGCGCUAUGGCCAGUGGCGUGGCGUGACUAUUUUAUCUGGGUAUUCUUUAAUAAACAAAAGGGUGGGGCAGGGUGUGGCUCGGUGGGGCUUGGUGAAACAAGAGGAUAAUAGGAAGAUUAAAAGGACUAGUUCUUGACAUUUUGUGUAAUUUUCUUUUUGGUUCGGUUGGCAAAUACUGCACUGUCAGGGCAUUACUAUGAUGAAAAUGAUACUGUUUGCUAAAGAACCCAACACAAAUACACUCUUCGAACUUAUUCAUUGCAUCAAGUUAUCACUGAAAAGAAGUGGUUGAUUCGACUUCCACGUUGCAUCUGCACAUUGGGUUAUGGCAGGCAAAGCUCUUUACAGAUCUAUGCUCGUUGAAAUCACUAAACCUAAUGCGAAGCCAAGUUAUCAGUGCGGAUUGAAUUGUCAAUUCGCUUUUCAAGAAGUAAGCCUAGUUUUAGAAAAGCUGAUUAGAGAGCAAAAAUGCUUUUAAAUGCAUUAGUUGACCACACCAGUGAAAAGUUCUGAUAAGUUGGUAAAAUAUAUUUUCGCAUUCAACUUCCUCCUUCAUCCCAUACCUUAUCCUAUGAAUGGUAGAUUAUAUCUUACAACUAUCUCUAUUUCAAUUUUACAGGUGAAACUUCCCUUGUUUCUUAUAUUUAUUCCUGUAACAAUCGUCAUGAGUGAAUUAGCAGCAAAGUUAGUUUCAAAGUUUGUUGUGGCCCAAUUUUAACUAUUUUUCAAGCAGUUAGCUGCAGGAACAACCUUUAAACACUCCAAUUAGUUUUUACACACCAAAAGAACCUUCAUAAGUGUAUCUAACUGCUUGUUCAGAAGCCUAAUCCCAACCUUAAAGAAUUGAAAGUUGUCAUGUCUAUUUUGUCGUUCUAUUCCUAACCUCGAUGCCUUUUUAUGCUAUAAAGAUAGCCAAAAACUACACUGAUUUCUUCUUAAAAACAAGAUAAUUUAGUUUAACUAUGAAAUAUAUUGUCAUAUUUUCACCGUCUGCUUGACACAAAGCAUUGGAACUUUAACAUGUUGAUAGCGUGUUUUGUUUACGAUAAACAUUUAGAUUGAAAUACCUUGAAAUAUUGAAUAGUGUUUUGUUUACGAUAAACAUUUAGAUUGAAAUACCUUGAAAUAUUGAAUAGUUUUUAAUUGUCUUACAUUUACAAUUCGUUUAAAAUAUAUGCAAGAGAAAAGUUGCAACCUUUUCCAUUCAAAAUCUAUUAUCUACCAAUCAAUACAGUUGUGAAUAGAUUUUUUAUUUUAAGACAAACAUUUGGGCGAUAGAUAUAAAAUUUAUUAUCAAGAAUUCUGCAGUACCAUAAAUCCUCGAUUAGCCCACUGAGUACGUUUAUUUAAUUUUGAUAUUUUUGAAUUCGGGCUUAUUCUAAGGGGGGGGCUUAUACAAGGAAGGUCUUAUAA